UUACUAGUGGCGGAACGGGACUCGCUGGCAUCUCCCUCUGACCCUCUCCACCCUUUUUGCCCCUCGCUCCUCCUCCUCGGCGGCCGCCUCCCCGCACCCCCUCCCCCACGCCGCCGCCGCCGCCGCCAUGGCCAUGAAGGGACCCGGCCUCUUCACCGACAUCGGCAAGAAGGCCAAGGAUCUGCUCACCAGGGACUACACCUACGACCAGAAGCUGUCCGUCUCCACCGUCAGCUCCUCCGGAGUGGCCGUCACUUCCACAGCUGUGAAGAAAGGAGGGCUUUAUUCUCUUGACGUAGCAUCAGCUUACAAGUAUAAGAAUAAUCUUGUUGAUGUUAAAGUGGAUACAGAAUCAAAUAUCUCUACUACCUUGACUGUCUUGGAUGUCCUGCCAUCCACAAAGCUUGUGACGUCUGUCAAGUUUCCUGAUUACAAUGCUGGAAAGGUGGAGGUGCAAUACUUCCAUGACCAUGCAACUUUUGCUGCCGCUGUUGGCAUGAAGCCCUCUCCUGUGGUCGAUUUUUCUUUGGUAGUAGGCCCUAAAGGACUUGCCUUCGGUGGGGAAGCUGGGUUUGACACUUCUUCAGGAAAGUUUACCAAGUACACUGGUGGUUUCAGUGUAACCAAGCCUGACUUCCAUGCUUCAGCUAUUCUGGCCGACAAAGGUGACACCAUCAAAGUGUCAGGUGUGUAUCACCUUGAUGAGAAGCAGAAGGCUUCGGCCGUGGCUGAAUUUACCCGGAAGCUCUCAACAAACGAGAACACACUGACAGUUGGUGGCCUGUACACGGUCGAUCCUCAGACAGCUGUGAAGGCAAGGCUCAACAACACUGGAAAGCUUGCUGCCCUUCUCCAGCACGAGGUUAAACCAAAGUCACUCUUGACGAUAUCUGGUGAAUUCGACACCAAGGCGUUGGACAGGGCACCCAAGUUUGGGCUGUCACUUGCACUCAAGCCUUGAUGAGAUCAGAUCAUACGUGGAUGAUGGCGAUUGAACAUCGGAUUCUUUGGUUAUUUUUUGUGAAGCUAUGGCCAAUAAUUUGUUCCGCAGACAUGUUCUGUUAAAUCUCUGGAGGUUUAGGUGCUCUGUGGGCAGGAUCCGAUAGGCCUUCACCUGGAUUUUGUCCAGGCGUUUACUUUUUGAUGAUCGAAGUACUUCCUCAUUGAUAGAUGUAUGCAGCUUGUUUCUUUCUACUGUGAGGUCUGAGUAGCUUUCACGGUAGUCUGUUACUUGAAGAAGCUACACUUGAUUUUUCAUGCGGUGUUGAUUGAUUUUACCGCUAGUUGAGAUUUA